CUGUAGCGGGCCUCGGCGUGGGCGGCGGGAAUCCGCGGACAUCGGGUUGGGUCUAGGCUCCCGAGUCCGCGCUUCUGGGCGGGAUCCCUUUUCUGGGUCUCGCGGGGGUCUGCCAGAUGCGUAGGUCUCACUGACUGGUUCCUUGUUGCUCUUUCCAGCAAAUGGCGGAUGACGCCGGUGCAGCGGGGGGGCCCGGAGGCCCUGGUGGCCCUGGGAUGGGGAACCGCGGUGGCUUCCGCGGAGGUUUCGGCAGUGGCAUCCGGGGCCGGGGUCGCGGCCGGGGACGGGGCCGGGGCCGAGGCCGCGGAGCUCGCGGAGGCAAGGCCGAGGAUAAGGAGUGGAUGCCCGUCACCAAGUUGGGCCGCUUGGUCAAGGACAUGAAGAUCAAGUCUCUGGAGGAGAUCUAUCUCUUCUCCCUCCCCAUUAAGGAAUCAGAGAUCAUUGACUUCUUCCUGGGGGCCUCUCUCAAGGAUGAGGUUUUGAAGAUUAUGCCAGUGCAGAAGCAGACCCGUGCCGGCCAGCGCACCAGGUUCAAGGCGUUUGUUGCUAUCGGGGACUACAAUGGCCACGUCGGUCUGGGUGUUAAGUGCUCCAAGGAGGUGGCCACCGCCAUCCGUGGGGCCAUCAUCCUGGCCAAGCUCUCCAUUGUCCCCGUGCGCAGAGGCUACUGGGGGAACAAGAUCGGCAAGCCCCACACCGUCCCUUGCAAGGUGACAGGCCGCUGCGGCUCUGUGCUGGUGCGCCUCAUCCCUGCACCCAGGGGCACUGGCAUCGUCUCCGCACCUGUGCCUAAGAAGCUGCUCAUGAUGGCUGGUAUCGACGACUGCUACACCUCAGCCCGGGGCUGCACUGCCACCCUGGGUAACUUCGCCAAGGCCACCUUUGAUGCCAUUUCUAAGACCUACAGCUACCUGACCCCUGACCUCUGGAAGGAGACUGUAUUUACCAAGUCUCCCUAUCAGGAAUUCACUGACCACCUCGUCAAGACCCACACCAGAGUCUCUGUGCAGCGGACUCAGGCUCCAGCUGUGGCUACAACAUAGGAUUUUUAUACAAGAAAAAAUAAAGUGAAUUAAGUGUGUUACUGUU